UAUAUUUCGAGUCCACAACGAACUUACAUGGAGAAGUUGGUAGCAGACGUCGCAGAUGCCAUUGGAGGGACCCUGAGCCCGCUUCAAGUCUUCCUGGCACUCGCAUCCGUCGUCAGCAUCCUUCUUGGGAGUGCAUGCUACGUGAUCUCCAUGUACAGCUCCCCCAUUGCGCUGCUUGUGUUUGGAUUCGUAGGGUACUCGCUGCUUCGCCGUCUCGUCAGUGCCUGUGGCAUCCUGUCCCCACAACCACACAUCAAGGUCCAAGCACCCAACACUAUUCGCUUCGUGUGCAUCUCGGACACAUAUGGGAAGCAUGAACAUGUGAAGCUUCCGCCAGGCGACGUCCUCAUCCAUGCCGGCAACUUUACUCGUCUCGGCACAGUCGACGAAGUUGAAAGGUUCAAUGCAUGGCUGGGCUCUCAGCCUUAUCGACGAAAGCUUGUCGUUGCUGGCCACCACGACAAUGUGCACCCAAUCGACUGGUCCAAGGUCCUCUCCCACGGCGACUACCUGGCGGAUUCGAGCGUCUCCAUCGAUGGCAUUUCCGUCUUUGGAUGUGCUUCUACAUCGUCCCAAGCCAUUCCGACACAUACCGAUGUCGUGGUGACCCACAUCCCUCCAUUCGGCAUCCUCGACAAACAGACUGUGGACGGCAUCCACAUCGGAAGCGAAGCACUGCUCAAGCAAAUUCUGACGACAAGUCGCCCCAAACUGCAUGUGUUCGGCCGCGUACGAGAAGGAUAUGGCCAAACGAUAGUCGGGACCACCACGUUUGUGAACGCGUCCUCCACCACACUGUGCCGCCAACCCGCCAACGCUCCAUGGGUGGUUGACCUCCCCACACCGGCCUAACUGGAGCGACUUUUGUACCAGCUACAGAUAACGUCGGAAUAAGUGGCCAUGUGGUACUUCGAAAUAGCACUUCAAAUUUGUAUUGGGACAAACUACUUCGAAAAGUAGAAUACUUAAAUCAAUACGAAAUUUUAGUACCA